GAGGGCAGCAUGGACGGACCCUGCCAUGCCUGGCCAGAUGACAGUCCCCGGCCGGGGACGGGGCUGAACUCGUCCUGCCAGCGCCAGGGGCCCAGCAUCAACUGCAGCUGCUCCCUGCGCUCCCAGCCUCCACCCCAGCUCCAGUGGCAGGUGGACAGGGAGCCCCUGGCUGGGAAUGGCUCACGAGGGGGCCUGCAGGUCAGCUCCUGGGCCCAGGGGGACGAGGCCAUCAGCACCCUGAGCUGGACGGGGAGCACUGAUGGAGGCCAUCAGAUCUUUUGCCUCGGUUCCAACCCCCACGGGUUCUAUAUUUUACUGCUGAGCCCACCGGAAACAGGUGGCCUCACUCGGGCAUUGAUCGAAAUCAGCUGCAAACUCGUCUUCGUGGUGACUGGAUUUUUCCUGGCCUAUUACCUCACCCUGCUCUAUUACAGACGGACACUCUGCUGCUCUCAUGAAAGCAGAAGGAAGGACCGGCCAGGGGACAGGGAAUCCACGGUGCCUGAGUUCGGCGUGUAGAUCGGGCCAUUCCUCAGUCACCGAAGAGCCGACAGGGAAUUAGAAACUCAAGGGACUGAGGAAUCAGAGAAUGAGACCUCAGCUGGGGGCACUGCCAUCCCGGGUGAGGCCAAUGGGCCCUGUUGCCUCCCACAGUGUUUAAUUUGUAUUGAAAGAGAUGCCAGAGCUCAGCUGUGGCUCAAAUUAAGCCCUGGCAGGGUGGCCUGAUACUGGCGAGGGCUGGCCGGGCACCCAGCUCUGAAGGCAGUGCCACCGCCAGCAGCAGCGCAGAAGUCAGGGGGGCCUGGCACAUGGGGUGUUGCCACCCUCCUGCGCUGCUGCUGUGGCUUGUGGUGCCUGGUGCUCGGCAUGUGGCUCAAGGCUUCGCGCUGUCACACGUGGGCUGCAUCUCGCCAGAGACCACGGCCUCCCGCAGCCCCUGGCCACUCCUGGCUCACUUGGGGGGGCACCAGUUCAGACUUGGGGCAGGGGGAGGAAACUUUAACCAUGAUUCAAGGGACUACUCAGGGCUUUCAGGGCUUUGCAGAUAAUAACUUAGCGAUUCGCUGACAGGAGCACUGCAUCUAGUUGUUAUAUAAAGAAAGAAAAUAUAUAUACAAACGCCCAUUAAAGCCACGUUUAAAUCUUAUAUGUAAAUUUAGAACAAUCAGGAGCUAAUACAGUGAGAUAUUCCCAAUCCCAAGCCUUGAGGUAUCAGUUCUGGAGCUUUAACGCAGAUAUCAGAAACACAC